AUGACAAAAAAGCGUGUCAAUCAACGACACGUCGUCGAGUUAAUAAAUGAAGCCGAGGCGAGAGGAAUUAGGAGAAGGAGAAAAGAUGAGGGAGAGCGUGAGAGUAAGCAUAUGAGAGGACGAGACCAAGAGAUGAGAGAAGAGAGGAAGCGUAAGCUGGUUAUGGCGUUCACGGUAGAUGCAUUGAUUGGAUCGGGUCCCUUGAGUGGGCUUGUGACUGAGGUGACUGCCUGUGCUGAACUGAUGGAUAGCUGGAGCCGGGGGCGCUUGGGCACCUACGACCCCUCGAGCUCAGUGGAAGAUGCCCCUCAGGCCCCUGCAGUGUACCUGAGCUCAUCCUCUUUGUCUGCGGCGCGAGGGGCGUUGAGCGGUUCAACUUCCCUAUUGGUGGUUUUGGGUCAUGUCUCAGAUUCUCGCCAAAUUCUUGUAUACACGCGUACGAUAAUAAGUUCAAUGUUAUGUUCGGUAUAUACAAGCACAAAGCACGGUGCGAUGGCUGCUAGUUAUGCCCGAGGUCCUCACGAUGUGCGAGGUUUUGAGCUCUGGCCCCCAAUCCUUGAUGUCUUGGAUAUGUACUCUACAGUUUGUUUUACUUGGUCUCAUUCAUGUGCCGACGACCCUGUCAACCUGUCCAAGCCCUCUUCUGCAUCAUGGUUUCAAAAACUCUCAUCGGAUUACGGCACUCAGCGGGGCUUCUCUACUAUUGGGGAGUUAAAUCAGAAGCGCCUCCAUGUCAUGAAGCCCCUGAAUACAUACAUAUGGACUGAGUGUCCUGACAUAUUACAGGAAUCGAUCAAUCAUCAAAACAAAUGA